AUGUUUGUGUUUGGCUUUGGCUUUGAUAUAAAAAGCAAAGAUUACAAGGUUGUUAAGAUGACCUAUUCUCAAAGUCGAGGAGCAUUUUUGCUGCCACCUAAAGUUGAAAUUUUUUCACUUAGUCUGGGAAUUUGGAAGCAACUUGAUGGUUUUAUUCCAGAGAGCUACAUUGUGGAGUACUUUUAUAAACAAGCUGUUGUUCAUGGGAAAGUCCACUGGACUGGUUACAAAAUCGAUGUCGAAAGAAAAAGGAUGAAGAAUUUGAUUCUGGCAUUUGAUUUAAGUGAUGAGAUUUUUGUGGAAUUACAAUUACCAGAAUGCUUGGUUAUUGGACUACCUAUGAAUCUGAAUACAGCAGAGUUUGGGGAAUCACUUGCUAUAUAUCACUACGACAAGUGUGCUUGGACCUGGAUUUGUUCAAUUUGGGUAAUGAAAGAGUAUGGUGUUGUCGAGUCAUGGAGCAAGGAAUUCAAUAUCGUUCUUGACUGGGAACCUGGAAUGAUUCUGGGCUUUAGGAACAACAGUGAAAUACUUUUGACAAGAAGAACAGGACAGCUUGUGUCUUAUAAUCUCGAGACACAUGAAAAGAUGAAUUUUGAUAUCAUUGGCACUAAAAACUCAUUUUUUAUGGGAACUUACGAGGAAAGCCUUGUUUUGCUCAAUGAAGGACAGCUACUGUUGCCAAAUGAUUUUUCAUCUGAGGCCGACCGAGAUGAAUGCUAG